AUUGGCGGAGUACCCCUUUAAUGUCCAUGUUAUUUAUGAACUGAUCAUAUGGACUUUAGUGGGCCCAAGGCAUGCCAAUCCAAUAAUGUCACACAAUAUGCUAUUUGAGGCUUCUUUCCAAAUUCGACCAACAUCAUGCUCAGCUCGGCUCUUACCACGAUUGGCUUCCUCAUUAUCAUUUCCUAUCUUUUGACCAAAUUAUUUUAUAAUCGGAAGAAAAAUGAGAGCAAGAAUUUACCUCCAGGGCCCGACUGUUUGCCAAUUAUUGGGAAUAUGCAUAUAUUUGACAUGAAGAACCCUUCCAAAACAUUCACCGAGUUAAGCAACAAGUUUGGCCCAGUGUUCUGCGUGCAGUUAGGGAUGCAGAAGGUGGUGGUUCUGUGUGGAUAUGAUGCAGUGAAGGACGCUUUCGUCAACCACGCUGAAGAAUUUGCUGAUAGAGCCGACAUACCGAUAUUCCAAGAGACCUCAAAGGGACAUGGUAUUGUCUUUUCUAAUGGUGAAAACUGGAAAGUGAUGCGACGAUUUACACUGUCAAAGCUGAGAGACUUGGGGAUGGGGAAGAGAUCUUUAGAAGAUCGGAUAAAUGAAGAAUGCGACUCCUUGGUAGAAACAUUUAGAUCAUAUGGAGGAAAGCCGUUUGAGAACACUACCAUCCUUAACACUGCUGUCACCAACGUCAUAGUUUCUAUAUUACUUGGCCAUCGAUACGAAUAUGGAGAUCCUACAAUCCUUAAACUCAUGAGUUUAGUUGAUGAAAAUUUUAAGCUUUUGGGAAGCCCAAUGAUCAUGUUGUACAAUAUGUAUCCAAACUUAAUUCGCUGGUUACCCGGAGGUCAUAGGACGGUUUUCAAGAACAAUUCAGAGUUACAAAAGUUUAUAGUGGAAACGUUCACCAGACAGAAGAGUCGGCUGGAUGUCAAUCACCAGGGGAACCUCGUAGAUGCCUUCCUGAUAAAGCAACUGGAGAAUAAUCCUCAAUUGGCGCAGUAUUUUCACAAUGAUAACUUGACAACACUUGUGUCUGAUUUGCUUGUUGCCGGAAUGGAGACGACUUCUACAACUUUGAGAUGGGGCCUCCUGCUAAUGAUGAAAUACCCAGAGAUCCAAAAAAAUGUUCAAAAAGAAAUUGAACAAGUCAUUGGACUACGCCAGCCUCAGAUAGAAUAUCGCAAACAAAUGCCGUACACGGACGCCGUCAUACAUGAGAUCCAAAGAUUUGGGAAUAUUAUACCCGCCUCUGCUCCACAUGCGACAACCCAAGAUGUGGAGUUCAGAGGAUACUUCAUUCCGAAAGGCACUCAUGUUCUUCCAAUAUUGACUUCUGUAUUAAAGGAUAAAACUUACUUUAAAAAAACGGAUGAAUUUUAUCCAGAAAAUUUUCUCGAUUCUGAUGGAAACUUUGUGAAAAAUGAGGCUUUUCUGCCUUUCUCAGCAGGUAAAAGACGUUGCACAGGAGAAAUUCUGGCUAAAGCCGAGCUGUUCCUCUUCUUUACUAAGCUGUUGCAGAACUUUUCUUACCAGGCUCCUCCUGGCAUUGAGGUCAACCUUACCCCCGUGGUUGGGUUCACCAGUGCUCCCAUGACCUAUAAAAUGUGUGCCGUGCCACAUCAUAAGUUCUAUCUAUUGGCCUGGGGAACCCGUGAUGCUGACAACCGGGAGGCAGCACCACCAUUACGGACACACCUCAAUGCCUAUAUAACUUGUUGUGUCUUGGGAAACUCAACAACCAAAGAAACAUUUCCUGGCACCAUGAACAUCCCUGAUCCCAUCACAUUGGUUAUAUCUAUUAUUUUAUGCCUUUUUGUUGCCCUAUUUUUAUAUGGACGAAAAAGAAAUGUGCAUUAUAAUCUGCCGCCUGGACCAAGACCAUUACCAAUCAUUGGAAAUCUGCACAUUCUAGACCUGAAGAAACCACAUCAUACAUUUCAUCAGCUCUCUAAGAAGUAUGGACCAGUGUACACAAUAAAACUAGGAGAAGAGAAAGUUGUUGUGCUUUGCGGAUACGAUGCAGUGAAGGAAGCCCUUGUCAAUCAUGCUGAGGAAUUUUCUGGAAGACCAAAGGUGCCACUUUUUCAUGAAAUAAUAAAAGGACAUGGAGUUAUUUUUGCUUAUGAUGAAAACUGGAAAAUGAUGAGACGGUUCACUCUGUCAGCACUAAGAGAUUUCGGAAUGGGGAAAGGAGCUAUUGAAAGAAAGAUUUCUGAAGAAAGUGAUUUUCUAGUAAAGAGGAUCAGAUGCUACAAAGGGGAGCCCUUUGAUAACAUCAUGUUAAUAACUGCCGCAGUAGCUAACAUUAUAGUCUCCAUCUUACUGAGUAAUCGAUUCGAUUAUGAGGAUCCUACACUAUUAAGGCUGUUGAAGAUUAAUAAUGAAAACGUCCAAUUAAUUGGAGGCUCGGGGGCCAUGCUUUAUAAUGCAUUUCCAUCUGUCAUGAGAUGGUGCUCAAGAGUCCAAAGAACUGUGGCCAAGAAUGUCGACGAAAUGCAUGCGUUUGUUCGAGAAACCUUCACCAACCAGAGGAAACAUCUGGAUGUAAACGACCAAAGAAAUCUUAUCGACUCAUUUCUAGUGAAACAACAAGAGGAAAAACCAAAUCCUGAAUUAUACUUCACCAAUGAAAACCUAACAAUGCUUGUUACAGAUCUCUUUGGCGCUGGCAUGGAGACAACUUCAACCACUCUCAGAUGGGGUCUUUUGCUGAUGAUGAAAUAUCCAAACAUCCAAAAAAAGGUCCAAAGUGAGAUUGACAAAGUUAUUGGGUCAGCUGAGCCUCAAGUGAGUCAUCGUAAAGAUAUGCCCUAUACCGACGCCGUCAUCCAUGAGAUUCAACGUUUUGGAAACAUUGUGCCAAACAACUUGCCACAUGCAACAACUCAAGACGUUAACUUCAGAGGAUAUCUCCUGCCCAAAGGAACACACGUGAUCCCGCUGCUGACCUCUGUACUAUAUGACAAGGAUCAUUUUGUAAAAGCCGAUGAGUUUUACCCAGAGCACUUUUUGGAUUCAAGUGGAAAUUUCCUAAGGAAAGAAGCAUUCCUGCCCUUUUCAGCCGGUAAGAGAAGUUGUGCUGGAGAAAGUUUGGCCAAAAUGGAACUGUUCAUGUUUUUCACAAAACUGCUGCAGAAUUUCACAUUCAAGGUUCCUCCUGGGGCUACACUAGACCUCACCCCUACAGUUGGACUCACCGCUGCUCCAGUGCCCCAUAAGAUAUGUGCUUUACCGCGUGUAUAACGAAGUAUAAUUGAAUAAAUGUGUAGAUAAGUUUGUGGUAAAACAAAAUUUUAAAGAUGAAGGACGGUUACCAUGAACCAGGGCUCCAGACUAAGAAAAUACCUAGAUGCUGUUGGCCCCAAACUUAAACAAUUUAGGAGCAAAAUAUGAUUUUAAAUUACCAAAUUUAAAUAUAUGCAGUAUACAAUCAAAUUUAUAAUAAUUAUAAUAAUUUUAUUUUAUUUACCACUACUUCAAGCCACCUGACACCCAUGCACCUACUACUCCUACAGCUGGCUAUACGCAUUAGAUAUGUGGGGGCCUGUAUAUGGAGGCCCCCUGACUGCCCCCUUACAGCAGGAGUUGGGGCGAGAACAGUCAGUCAUGUUGGAUUUUAACAUGCCCAAUCCUUCUAACGGGGUGAUAAGCCCCUUCUCGACCUGUAUGGCAGCAGCUUUAUCCCCACUCACCUUCCUGACCACAUGUAUGUGUAUGGGGAGAGGGGGGGGGGGGUUAGGAGAGACAAAUAUUUGGCCAUCAGCCAUGGUCGGCCUAACUAUAAUCCUGGACUGAUCACUAUGAUCACUGGACUGACUCUUCCUUCAACAUUUCCCAGUCAUUGGCAGAUUAAGUAAACAAUAAGUACACAAACUUGGCAUCCUGUGUUUGGAUAGUAGAGGAUAAUAAUGGAGGAUGUGAGCAUGGAAUAGAGCAGCAGAAGAUCGAGAGAAACAUUUUUUGAAGUAUGGAACAACUCUCUCGUAAAAACCAGGAAAGACCAUACAGAGGCCAUAAAGAUAAAGCCCUUGGUUGGAUUUGAACCCAAUUGUCCUGGAAAGUGAAGUAAGGGGGAAUGUACUAAGUCUGGUGUUUCAUAUGUGUGGGAUCAUGCCGGAUUUAUCUAGGGGGGCAAACACCCAUGUGGCAGCCUCAGAAGUCUACAAAUACUACCAGGCAUGCCCACUUCACACACAACCACAACCCCUCUGCACCAGCCCUAAUCUGCAUAAAGUUGUACAAUUUUUACACAAAUCUACACCAAGCAGGCUUCCCUUUUUUGGCAAGUUUCAGGUUUGUUAUAGCAGCAGAAGUAUAGUUUGGAACAUGAUAGACAAGGCAGGAGAUGUGGCUCUGUGGAUGGUGUUAGCGGCAGCAGGGAUGUAGGGUUGCACUGACAACAGCAGCAGUACAGCAUAAAACAUUAUAGACCAGACCGGUGGGGGAUUGGUGUGAAGGGCUAGUAGUAGUAAUAGAAGGAGUAAACAAAUUUCCACCGAGAUUACAAUUUUAAUUAAAAAAUGAAUUCAUUGGCAUACAAUCUAGAGGAACAUUCAGUAAGUUUUAUGACACAGAAUAGCGGUUCUGAUCAUGGGGGGUACAAUCGCUGGUUCCCCCUGCGAUCUUCAGAAUGGGAACACUGGUGAUGUGUUGAGUUGUGCCACCGGUCCAUUCAUUCUCUUUGAGACAGACAUCCACUGCUCUUAGCUAUCUCUGGCAAAUUAGUGGAGCUUCAGCAUUCUUCUCCAUCAGGAAACCUUGACUAAUGUACAGUAUGAAGAAAUGUAUAAUAAUGUGGUAUAAUUGUAUUAAAAUUCAGCAACAAAUAAAAUAAAGAA